AUGGCAUCUCAGGACUCAGACGCCAAUUGCCAAUCGGUGUAUCCAUAUGACCCGAGCUUACCACUGGCUGCUGUAGCGGUCUCGUUUUAUGCCAUUGUGGUCGGACUCCACGUAUGGCGAUUGAUCUUGACCCGGGCCUGGGACAACAUCUUCAUGGUGAUUGGAGGAUUUUUCCAACUUGUUGGCUACGCAGCUCGCCUCUACCUGAGCCAAAAUGUCUGCAGCAAAAGCGCAUACGGUGCGCAGGCUGUGCUCUUACUUCUCGGCCCGUCGACGUUGAUGUUCACGGUCACUUUGACCCACACCCAGUACAUCAAAGCACUCAAUGCCGAUAAGAUCUGCUGGCUUCCGAUCCGAAUGCAACGUCCGUUGUACUUCUGCAUCAACUUCCUCUGCAUCUUCGUCCAAGGGGUUGGCGGCAUCGACAUGGCAGCGGCUUCAGAACGUGGACUGGCCGAGGCGGGCGGAAAGAUCAAAAUCGCUUCGUUCGUGGCACAGAUGGUCUUCUGGGUCUUCAUCGCCUCGGAGAAUGGCUGGGUCACAUACCGGUACGGGGCGCUGCUGCGUCGGUCUGCAAACCGGGCUCAGGACGAGUCCGGCAUGGUGCCUGAUAUCAAACCCACUUUCGCACGUUUCAAGCUCUGGAGUCAACUUUUUGGCCUCGCCAUUUCGAUCAUUGUUGGCCGCAACAUGAUGCGAUUGACGGAGCUUGGCGUGGACUUUCUCAAGAACAACGAGUGGCCUGGGUAUGCUUUCGAUGGUUAUCAGAUGGUGGUCGUCAUGGGUGCUUGGGGUGUCUUCUGUCUUCCGGGAAAGUGUAAAGAGGUGUUGGCAUCGCACGAGCGUUAUCAGCACUUAGAGUUGAUGAGGUCGAACUCUUCUCAGGAAAGAGCUUUGGUGUGA